AUGAGGACACCCAAGCAAACUAAACGUCUUUCAUUGGAUUUUGGCAUGCCAGGCAUCAUGGCUGGAAUCACGACUUCAGGCAGCCACCAGCAAAACAACAGCAACAACAACGAUGCCAACCAAGGACCUCAUAACUGUUUCCGUGGCCACACUAUCGUCGCUGCGGUGUCCUCAUCGUUGCUUUGGCGGCGUGGACUUAUAUUUCAGAACAGCGGUUCUAUUAAGUUCAGCAUUGGACCCUCGUUGCCAAUUCCUUUGGGCGACCAUGUGACCUUUCGCUCUGCUGUGCUCUCCUUCACACUACAAACGUCCAGCAACCUGCCAACUACGCCGAUUUGGCCUUGGGACAAAUGGGAAAGCACUUUUGCCCGAUCUCUGCAGCAAAUGAGACGCAACAUUGAGAGGAACACGGCAAAUGGAGUUGUUAGAUAUGCGGACGAUGCACGACUGUUGACCUACACAGUCCUGGAGGAGUACAUGGGCAGAAGGAACAAUAAUAUGAUUGUGGGCAGACAAUGCCUGCUGCGUUCCAUAUGCGAAAAUGCCCAGGUGCACCAUCAUGUUGGCAUCUUCUCCGAAAUACUAAACAUUGUCCUGAGUCCGGGUAAGGCUGAUUUAGAUAACGCCUAUCACGAUGCCUUUGCUGCUGGCCAAGCGGGUGCUAAUUGCUUGGCCGUUUUUAAGGCCUGCCCACGUGGUCUCAACUUUCUGGACGAGCUGUUGGUUUCGGAGCACAACUUGAUUGAUUGA